GUAGCGCACCAUAGCUAACCGCUGUGUGAGUCGUCGCGAUCGUAUUCAUGUUCCGAGCAAGAAAACUGCAGGCAUGCAAUGGUCGUGGAUGCUGCAUAAAUGCUUCCAGCCAACAGUGCAACAAGCGUUUGCUGUAGGACUGUCGGUAGUGGCGCCCAGUCUCUUGCUCCGACUGCUAGUGCUCUACAGUGGUCUCCAGAAGAGAAUAAUCAGCCUCGUGGCUACUGUCCUGGGACUCCUGGUCCUUUGGUGGUACUAUGAGAGAAGCGUGGCAUACUUCAUCGUUCUCUGUGGGAUUUUAUACCCGCUGUUUGCGCUGGUUCCUAGAGGGAGAGGCGCCCUUAUAGCAAUUGUCUGUGUGCUCUUCAUCUUCUCCUGUGAGCUCUUCAUUGCAUCGAAAGAAGAAUGGCAUAAAGUCAGAGCACAGAUGAUGCUGACACGUGUGAUGCCUUUGUGAAUUAAAAGCAACUCACAAGAAUAAUAGGUGCAUUCAAGAUUCUGGAAAAACAGGGUGCUCUAUCACCAAACUCGCUGGAAAUGGCGUGUUUUAUCCCUCAAAUGUCAAUGUCACAAAGUGGAUAGUAAGGGUCGUUCUUGGUUGUGGUAAUGAAGAUCAUCUCACUGGCCUUUGACCUGGAGGGGUAUCCGGACAUCAAAGGGGAGCAGAAACCGGCCAUUGUGUCCAGCAUCCCGGACCUGUUCUCUUACAUGAGCUACUGUCUCUUCCCUGGAACCACUGUCUUUGGCCCUUUCCUCACCUACACUGACCACUCUAAAUUUCUUCAUGCCACUCCUCUGAGCACAAGGUGGGCAUUGAAGAUUGUAUCCAGUAUGGUUGUUGCUGCUGUGUGUCUCGGGCUCUCUGUCUGUGUCCUCCCUUUCCUCCUAAACGAACCUCAAUACAACAAGUGGUUGGCUGCCUACAUGGCAGCUGCCUCGUUCCGCUACAGCCACUAUUUCAUUAGUUUCCUCUCCCAGAGCUCAACCAUCGCCUCUGGCAUUGGCUAUGACAGCAACAUUGACUCCUGGUCUUUCAGUGUGGUGCAUCCAGUGGCAGUUGAGAUACCACGCUCCAUGUCAAUGGUAGCCACUAACUGGAACCUGCCCAUGCACAAAUUCCUAAAGAACUAUGUGUACAAGCCAUCUCGUCGCUAUCUUGGCCAGUUUGGUGCUGUUCUUCUCACAUUCUCUACCAGUGCCCUGUUACAUGGUAUGAACUUCCAACUCUCUGCUGUUUUGCUCUCUCUAGGAACCUAUGCCUUCAUCGAAAGUGUGCUGAGAAUGAAGCUUAGCAAGAGGCUGAAUGCCUGUGUCCUGGACAGGCCUUGCAGCCAGUCUGGGUGUGGUCACCGUCACAAGAGUGUGGAGUGGUGGGUGGUUCUCAUGAACAGUGGGUUUGUACUGCUCAACCUCUUCCACCUCGCCUACCUUGGUGUCAUGUUUGAUGUCACCAACGAGGAACCAGGGCUGCAGGAACAGGGUUUUUCUUAUACACAUACUUUGAAGAAAUGGGCUCAUUUGAACUUCCUCAGUCACUGGGUGGCCCUUGGAACCUUUAUCCUCUCCUUGAUUCUCUAACUAUCAUGGUUAAUGUUGUUGUUCAUUCAUGAAAUUCAUUUUUUUCACAACUUUGAUUAUGAUGUGUUGCUUUU